UAAUCCUUCGUUGAGGUCUUUCGUUGAACCUGCGGACAUGAUCGCAUUUGCAAACAAUUCACAUCUUCGAUUGAUCACUACCGUUUCUUGUUAUGGCAGCAUUUUAGGACUGUCGGGUCAACCUCGGCGGACUAAGAACUGAACAAAAUAAGACAGGUAUGUCCAUCCCAAAGUUCAUGGUCCUUGUGGACCAUGCCAGGAUACUCCAGGACAUACCCCCUAGGCAGUUCCUGUUCUCCUUGCUGCGGCCCAAGCAAGGAUACGACAUGCUUAAGCGACCAUUGUCUUCCAUGGCUCUUUGCGAUCCUGGAAUCAUUACGCUAUUAUAAACUGUCCGUCAAUGCGAGCUGUCGGCGCAUCAGCAGCGAGCGCCACCACGUCCAUGAGGGCUCUUCUCCGUUAGUCCUUCUGAAGUGGAUCCGGCGUGGGCGUGAAGAGGAGCUCAGCGCUUCCCCAAGAGAUGGCCCGUGAAGAUGGUGUUACGCGUGCGACGCCGGUCAUGUGGGCUGUUGAAUACGGGAUUCAGCGGACAGGCGCUUCUUGGUUCGAUCUCGGAUCUCGUGGAAUGCAGUCUUCCGGUUGUGGACCUCCAGAAACCCGAUCUCGGGCUUCCUUAAGGGGAAGGUCGUGAUUCUGCGUUGGACCAAAAUCAGGGAGCCUUAUCGACGGAAAGGGCUAGGAUUUUAG